UCCUGAAGGUGGUCCCCCUGAGCGCUGUGCUGGUGUCAUUGGCCACGCCGCUCGGCUCCAAGACCCCCGGCCUGCGCGUCUUCAGCCCCGACGCGGAGCCGGCCGCCGAGGCUAGGUGAUCACUCUCGUCGAUGCGAACGACCGCGCGUGGUCACACGUGACUCUGCCUCUUUCGCACCGAUGCAGAGCGCACGAGUGUGAGAGACACAGGUGCUUGGUUCGCCUUGGUUGCACUUCCGUCGUCCCCAGGUGCGCGCUGUCCCUGCUGGCGCCGUACUUGGCCUCCAGCGCGAGGGCAGCGCCGAGACUCUUCGUCAUCGGCGACCUCCCCUGGCUGGGAGACUUCCUCGCCUGACUGCCGGCCGUCGCCGCGGUCACGGUCAUGGACAAGGCUUCGUGGACGCGACGAGCGGCGACCAUCCAAGCCGAAGUCCAGGAGCACUCCACCUUCGUCCUGAUGGCUGUGCACGGUGCCGCGGAGUUCCACCGCCUGAAAUUUCUCACCUUCAGCAUCGAGAUCAAGAUCCUCGUGUGGAUCUCCGGGGAGGCGGGGGCCACGCCACCGGAGGUCACCGACGAUUUGCUGUCGGACGAGUGCUUUCUGGAGGGCCGCGUAGCCAUGACCGGCCCGGACGGCACCACGCGGGUCUUCGGCCGCCCCCUGGACUGCUUCCACCACGACGACGUCGAGCUGGACCUGUGGCGCCCGCUCCCGGACGGCGGCGGUUCCUGGCAGCGCGGGGGGCGCGGGCUGUUCAAGCCGCUAUGCGGCACCUGGCGGCGCCCCAGCCCGCAGCAGCCCCUCCAGAUCGUCGUCACGUCGGACCAGGCCAAAGGAGGCUCCGUCGGGGAGCUGGUGAUGCACAUCCUGGCGACAAUGCUGGGCAAGCACCCCGAGCUGGUUGCCAAGGCCCGCUUCCAGGAUGGCCUGUUAAGCAUCCUGCGGGACACCACGGACUGCAGGCUCGACUUGUACAUCGCCAUGUUCUCGCUGCAACGGAGGAUCUCCAGCGGGCUGUCCGUGUUCCCGUGGGGCAUGACCAGCAUCGUGGUGGUGGUGCCCGCCGACAUGGGGAACCACCCCGGGCUGCUGCACGAGCUCUCGGACGAGUUCACCGACGGCCUCUGGUGCGCGACGGGGGUGACCAUGCUGGUGGUGGCUGCGCUGCUGCUGUGCCUGCGGAGGGGCCGCCGCACGCCCAAGGCCGCCCUAGACGCCGUCCUGGAGGUGGUGACGCCGCUGCUGGGGCAGUUCAUGCCCCCCGGCAUGCAGGAGACCCUGGCCUCUAAGAUCCUCUCCAGCAACUGGGUGCUCGUGACGGUCGUCAUCGCGGCCGCCUAUCAGGGCCAGCUGCUGAGCGACCUCACCGUCCUGACGCCGCACCACGAGAUCGACACCGUGGCCAAGCUGGCCGACAGCAAGCUGCCCGUGCUGCUGCCGCGCGGCAUCUUCGCCAGCGAGCUGCCGGCCGAGCUGCGAGCCCAGGCGCGCAAUUACUUCGGCAACACCACCGCCCUGCUGCAGAUGGUGGCUGAGCAGCGCACGGCGGCCACGCUGCUGGACCCCGGCGAGCUGGGGCUGCUGAUGCCGUGGCUGCGCACGCCCAGGAAACUGUUCGCCUUCCUGGCCCCCAUGCCCAGGCUCACCACGUUCUUCGCCAGCAUGAAGGGCUCCCCGUACGUAGAGCCCUUGCGGGACGCGCUGUCCCGCCUGCGCGCCUCGGGGCUCGUCCUGUACUGGCUGCAGGUCGCCGUCGAGAAGUACGUGCGGUCCUUGAAGCUGCUGGACUCCGAGAGGACCGAGUCGCAGGAUCCGCAGGACGACCAGCCGCUGGUGGACACGUACUACCUGAGGUACUUGGCCAAGGCCAGCACGCGGCCCGCGCAGCCCAUCGACACGCGCCACGUGCUGCCCGCCUUCGUGCUGCUGGGCGUGGCUGAAACCGGUAGUGUGACCAAGCUCAGGGACAUCUUCGAGGCGGCGGCGCACUACCACCACUUCCAGGCCGUGUGCCUGCCGCACGCCGGGGUGGCCGCCCUGCCCGUGGCCAGAAGCCGACUGCUGCCGGGCCCCCUGGGGAACCUGCAGCGCGGAGACAUCGACGUGGCCCUGGCCCCGUACAUCCUGACCAAUGAGAGGCUGCGGCUCCUGCGCCCCACCACGGUCGUGCUGCAGGGGCCGGCUCCUUCCGCGGCGUCCUGCGCCUACAGCCUGGCGCGCUGCGUGUGGGCAGCCUGGUUGCUGCUCGUGCUCAACAUCAACGUGGGCAUCAAGGGCAUGCUGUCCGCCGAAAGCUCUGUGCAAGUAAAGCCCCCAGGUCCCACCCUGGAGGAGGUCUCGAGCAACCAGCACCUCGUCGUCGGCCUGCCUUCUCCGCUGUACCUCAACUUGGUCAGCGACGUCCUGAACGUGCCCGCGCACCGCACGGUCGUGUGCGGCGAAGAGGAAGGCCAAGUCGACUGCGAGAGGGUCUUCGCGGAGGACGAUCACUUCGCCGUCGUCAAGGAGACGGUGCUGCCGACGGGCAUCAAGGCACUCCAGCUUUUCCAAGUACUUGCAGUUGCUGUGUUACUGCUGUGA